GAUUCCCGGGAGGAUGGCAUGGAUUUAGGCAGCGACGCCGGCAGCAGCCGCUCCAGCUCGGAGUCCAACUCCAGCAAAGUGACUCCGUGCUCCGACUGCAAGUCCUCGCCGUCCCCCAGCAGCUUAGACCUGGCGGCGCUGGACGACGAUUCGGAAGAAGAGGAGGACGACGACGAAGACGACGAAGCCGCCUACCUGCCUCCCCGCUGCCCGGGCCCCGCCGAUGCCCUCCCCGCCGCUCCCGCCCUCCGCCGCUCCCCGCAGCGCUCCGCCGCUCCUCGCCCGCGGUCGCACCACCGCCCGCCGCCCCCGAAACAGCAGCAGCGGCGGAACGGCGGAGGGGCGCCGGGGCCGGGCGGGCGGCGGGCGCGGCGGGGCGGGGGAACGGCUCAACCCCCCCGGGAACCGCAGCCGCCCGCCAUGGACUGGGCGGCCCUGGAGAGGCACCUGGCGGGGCUGCAGUGCCGGGAGAAGGAGCGUGGUCAGAGGGCCAACCCCGCCUCGGCUCAAAAGAAUGAGCGUGAGUCCAUCAGGCAGAAGUUGGCUCUUGGCAGCUUCUUCGACGAUGGCCCAGGGCUCUACACCGGCUGCAGUAAGAGCGGCAAGCCCAGCCUGUCCUCCAGACUCCAGAGCGGGAUGAACCUGCAGAUCUGUUUUGUGAACGACAGUGGCAGUGAUAAGGACAGCGAUGCUGAUGACAGCAAGACAGAAACCAGCCUGGACACACCUUUGUCACCCAUGAGCAAGCAGAGCUCUUCCUACUCCGACAGAGACACGACCGAGGAGGAGUCCGAGUCCCUCGAUGACAUGGAUUUUCUCACCAGGCAAAAGAAACUCCAAGCUGAAGCCAAAAUGGCCUUGGCUAUGGCAAAGCCCAUGGCCAAAAUGCAGGUGGAGGUGGAGAAGCAGAACAGGAAGAAAUCUCCGGUGGCGGAUCUGCUCCCACAUAUGCCUCAUAUAAGCGAAUGCCUGAUGAAAAGGAACUUAAAACCCGCCGACCUAAGAGACAUGACAAUUGGGCAGCUACAAGUGAUAGUCAAUGAUCUUCACUCACAGAUAGAAAGCUUGAACGAGGAGCUGGUGCAGCUGCUGCUCAUCCGGGAUGAGCUGCACACGGAGCAGGAUGCGAUGCUGGUGGACAUCGAGGACCUGACCAGACAUGCCGAGAGCCAGCAGAAGCACAUGGCAGAGAAGAUGCCAGCAAAGUAACCCCAGAGUCUGUGGCAGCAGAGAUGGAGCUCGCCUGUCCCUCGCUUCUGUGUCUGUACACGUGCUGAUGUCCUCAGUGGCGCGCAGCAAAUCAGUGUUAGUCCUUGGUCGUGUCCGAAGCUUUAUGUCCGGUGAUUGGCCUCCGCUUCUUAAUUUAUUUUAAUUAUUUUUUUUCUUUUUUUACUCGUGCCACUCAAUAUCAGGCGUUUUAAUAAUAUUAUUACAGAAAAAUGUACAGUACUUAUAACGUUAUAAAACAUGGCUGAGGAGAGAGGGCAGUUUAACUUUAUUUUUGUUUGCUUAGAGGUUUUACGUUGGACGAUAUUUUACCAUUGACUACUUUUUUAUUCUUCACUGUAGUUUUAAAUAAAGAGACUGUACUUGACGGUGCUAUACAAGUCCAAAAGACAUGCCUGCCUCGUAGUGACGUCGUAACCUUCGGUAAUAUGUACAUUUUAAUCAGUUUUCAACAUUUUGUGAAUGUUGACUACCUGACGUUCAUUUUUAGAUGUGCUAUUAACAUUGAGUUGGGUUUCAAAGAGUUACCUGGAAAGUUUUAUGUAUAAAGAUGUAAAAUAAACAUUUAAAAACUUGUUUCAUAUGACACGUCUUUUUGUUGGCCGGUGGUUGACUCGGUGAUGUACUCAGCCAACUCAGUGUGCAAUGCCUCCUUUGUCAUCACCAAAAAGAGCCAAGCACGUACAGUUGUGCAGAGAAGACAGGACUGUUGUACAGCUACUUACCUGUAAGCUCAUCAUGUAUGUAUGACAUGGACUUAAGCUAUUCUUCUAUACUAGCAUUCAGCAGGCCCUAAUAUUGUGACUGUUGUUAGGCCCAGGCACACACAUAGAUGUUUCUAUAUUUUAUUAUCCACGCUGAAUGGCUCAAUGACUCCCCCGUGUCAGAAAUUUAGAGAAAGAAGAAUCUAUGUUAAAAAUCUUCAGCAGCAUCUGAAAUGUAUGCAAUAUGGCAGCAGCUCCCCCCUGCCUUGGGGCUGUGCCCUGCUCUGUGGGCACUGUGUCCCUGCCCUGCUCUGCUCCCAGGAGCGGGGACCUUUGCCUUCCGCAUUUUCAUUCCCCCCAACCCCAUGACAGAUUCCCCUUAGCAAAGCACUCGGCUGACGACUUAUUCAGGGUGUCUGCAGCAAAGCAUGAGACGCAUCCAAAUUCCAUCCCCCCACCACGAAUGUAUUUUAUUAAACUGACACUUACUUAUUGUUGUUCUGCCCCUCCUUCCCCUGAAGCAGGCCAGGUGCUGAGAGCUCUCUUGGCAUUUCGCAGCAUUUUGGGGCCAUUUUGCCACGUUGUGCUGCUCCAAUAGCAAAGGCUGGCUCAGGUGGGAGUGCCUUGUGCUCACCUGCAAUGGAAACUCCUCUUAUUUAAUUUGCUUUUUUUGGAAUCUAUGCAGAAAAUAUAUAUAUAAAUAUAUAUAAUAGUGGGGGUGUUCACUUGUCAGUAUCUCCUGUUGUCUUGCUGCUGUACCUGCAUGCAGUGAUAGCUAGCUGCUGCUGUUGUGUUCCUGUGCUGUGCUUUCACCUGUGAGGCCAACCCCCCAUGGGGUGCAGAUGGGGGGGCUCAGCCUGAAGCCCCACUGCAGAGAUGCUCAGCAGGAGGGGUGGGCUGCUCUGCUCACUGAUAAGUGCCUUUAAUUCUCUGGAGGGAGCAGGCCUGUGGGCACCCAGCACCAGGACAGCCAGUGGAGUGUCCAUCUUCAAGGGUUUGAUUUUUUAACUAAAAAAUAAGUUAAAGUAAUUUAAAAUAUAUAUAUAGUAUUGCUGGGUAAUUGCAUCUUAGAUCUCUGUCCAGUGUACUGCAGUGUCAUGCAGGUGUGUACGAUGGCAAUGCUGUGGAAUGAAUGGAUUAAAUGAUGUUUUUGAAAGAAA